AUGGCUUCCAAAGAGCUGCCAAUCCACGGCUUGACUGACCAGCAGGAGCAAUGGUCGGUCUUCACCAAGACGCGCUCCACCAUCGAUGAGAAUCCACUUAGCAAGGAUGAGCUCGACAAGAUCAACCGAUACUUCAACGCGACGCUCUACCUCUGUCUGGGAAUGCUGUACCUGAAGGAGAACCCACUUCUGCAAGAGCCUCUUAAGAAAGAACACAUCAAGCCUCGUCUGCUUGGACACUGGGGUUCAGAUGCUGGCCAGUCGUUCACAUACAUCCACAUGAACCGUCUUAUCAAGAAGUAUGAUCUUGAUGCUUUCGUCGUUUCUGGACCUGGACAUGGCGCUCCUGGCCUCAUCUCCAACUUCUACCUUGAAGGAGUCUAUUCCGAGGUCUACCCUAACAAGGGCGAGGACCUUGAUGGAUUGCAGAAAUUCUUCAAGCAGUUUUCCUUCCCCGGUGGAGUGGGUUCGCACAUGACUCCAGAGACCCCAGGCUCCAUCCACGAGGGAGGUGAGCUUGGUUACUCGCUUUCACAUGCUUUCGGUGCCGUCUACGACCACCCGCAAACGAUUGCAUUGACGAUUGUGGGCGAUGGUGAGUCCGAGACCGGCCCUCUGGCCACCAGCUGGCACAGCAACAAGUUCCUUAACCCAAUUACCGACGGUGCCGUGCUUCCUAUCCUCCACCUCAACGGCUACAAGAUCAACAACCCAACCAUUCUUGCUCGUAUCUCGGAGGAGGAGUUGACUGCAUUGAUGCAGGGAUAUGGAUACACGCCCUACUUUGUGGAGGGAUCUGACAUUGAGACGAUGCACCAGGCAAUGGCCGGCACUCUUGAGCACUGUGUCAACGAAAUCCGCAAGUUCCAGAAGGAAGCUCGUGAUUCCGGCAAGGUGUUCAGACCGAGAUGGCCAAUGAUUGUCCUCCGCUCUCCCAAGGGCUGGACUGCUCCAAAGAAGGUCGAUGGUCACCAUCUUGAGGGCUUCUGGCGUGCUCACCAGGUUCCUCUCACGAAAGUUCUAAACGAUCCGGAGCAGCUCAAGCUCUUGGAGACGUGGAUGCGAUCAUACAAGCCAGAGGAGUUGUUCACCAAGGAUGGCAAGUUCGUGCCCGAGCUGAGGGAGCUGGCACCAGCCAAGGGCAAGAGAAUGGGAGAAAACCCCAUUACCAACGGUGGUCUCCUCCGCAAGCCGCUCAAGCUGCAAGACUUCAAGAACUAUGCUCUCAAGGUUGACAAGCCAGGUGUUACCGAGGGCCCAUCUAUGAACAUCUUCUCCAACUUCCUUCGCGACAUUGUUCGGGACAACAUGAAGACCUUCCGUGUCUUUGGACCUGAUGAGACCGAGAGCAACAAGCUUGGCGAGAUCUACAAGGCUGGAAAGAAGGUUUGGGUCAACGGUUACCUACCAGAGGAUGAGGAUGGCGGCAACCUGAGCCCAACUGGCCGUGUCAUGGAAAUGCUCUCAGAGCACACUGUGGAGGGAUGGCUCGAGGGAUACAUCCUCAGCGGCAGACAUGGAAUGCUCAACUCCUACGAGCCGUUCAUUCACAUCAUUGACUCAAUGGUCAACCAACACUGCAAGUGGAUCGAGAAGUGUCUCGAGGUGCCCUGGCGUCGGGCGGUGGCUUCCCUCAACAUUCUCCUGACCAGCACUGUGUGGCGUCAGGACCACAACGGCUUCACUCAUCAAGAUCCUGGAUUCCUCGAUGUUGUCGCCAACAAGUCGCCAGAGGUCGUGCGMAUCUACCUCCCCCCAGAUGCCAACUGCUUGCUCUCCACUAUGAACCACUGUUUCAAGAGCGAGAACUACGUCAACGUCAUCGUUGCUGAUAAGCAAGUGCACCCACAAUACCUCAGCAUGGAAGACGCUGUGGCGCAUUGCUCCAAGGGUCUCGGAAUCUGGGACUGGGCGUCCAACGAUCRGGGCUCUGAGCCAGAUGUAGUCAUGGCUUCUUGCGGUGAUGUCGUUACCGCAGAGGCACUUGCUGCUACAGCACUUCUCCGCGAGGCUCUUCCCGACUUGAAGAUCCGCUUCGUGAAUGUUGUGGAUCUCUUCAAGCUGCAGCCAAACGGCUACCACCCACACGGCUUGAAGGCGGCUGAGUACGAGGCCAUCUUCACAUCCGACAAGCCGGUCGUCUUCAACUUCCACUCGUACCCUUGGUUGGUACACAGAAUGACCUACAACCGCAAGGGACAGGAGCGUAUGCACGUGCGAGGCUACAAGGAGAAGGGUAACAUCGACACCCCUCUCGAACUCGCCAUCCGCAACGAAGCCGAUCGCUUCUCCCUGGCCAUCCUCGCCAUCGACAACCUGAAGGAUGUCCUUGGUAACAAGGGAGCUAGUGCGAGGGAGAAGCUGAUUGACAGCCGUACUCGUGCUGCCAACUUCAGCUACGAGACUGGCCUUGACCCAGAGGAGUUCACCAACUGGAGAUGGCCGUACUGA